CUUUAUUAUUUUGUGGACUUAAGUGUGUUUUGGGACUGCAUUUUCGGAUUUGUGGUGAGGAUGAGAGAUAAAAAGACAAAUUCCAACAGAGAAAAUGGCACAACGCUUCUUCUUUUUCUUAUUUUUUCCAGUUUCAGCCUGACCCGUGAGACCCGGCCACGGUUCUCCAAUCUGGGCGGUUUAACUGGGGUUCGAACAGUUUACGGUGUUUUUUGGUGUAUAGUGGGUUUUGGGUUAAAAAAACCGUCUAAAGGGACGGUUUUUGGUUAACCGGAUCGAACCGUAUGGUCUGGUCUGAACUUCAAAACCAUGGUGUUUAUACGAAACCUAUUGAACCCUAUUCCAACCCUAGUAGGACUAGAUUGCUUUAAGACCAAAAAUAUACUUCAGUUUAUAUAUACAUAGAGAGAAAGAUGGUCGAGCUGCAAAUUUUACUGUAUGAAGGUUACAAAUUAAUGUAACAAUAAAUAUGAUUGGUGAGCUUUAACGUCUUAUAAUUAAAUAUAUAUAAAUUGUCUAUUUAUAAUCAAUGACACGUCAAUUUAUAAUAUCAUGCGGUAAAACUUGUAUAGCCAUUGCAUUACUUCUCUUAGAAAUACGGAGUCUUAUGGUGGUCCAGCUGUCGUCUGUGGAGGACCUUACAAAAUUUAUCUGUACCACGAAAGAGGAGGGUUUCUAAUUCUAGCACACCUUCACUCGUUAUAAUUUCUCGCCUGAACCAAGCAAUGUUUUCAAAAAUCCACAAAGCAACCGAUAAGACUAGGAGAUUCUUACAAAACAAAGCUACUGUUACGUACCAGCUGUCCUACCAGAUUGGUUCUAGCUUUUGAAUUUGCUUAGGAGUUUAUCUUUAUCUUAGCUAUUGAUUGUUAUCUAAUAUUUCAAUUAUUUGUUAUUAAUGGGAUAACAAUUGCCUUUAUCCUUAUCAGAUUAGUAGGCUAGAUUGUAGGAAUUGUUUCUAUCGUUUAGGUGUUGGAUUUGUUUUUACGUUCAGUUGUAAGGCCUAUUAUGAUUAAUAAAGGGGUAUGAGAAUAUUUUAGUAAAAAUCAAGCUUUGCUUGUUAAGGAGGUCUUGGUUAUCCCUUGAAGUAUAACCAUACCAUAGCCCCUCGAGGGAAAAGAGGAUCUGCACAUGGCCGUGGAGGGGGUCGUAACAGCUACCUUGUUUGUUAAGGCACCUAAGCAUGACUAAGAACAACUCCAAAGUUCAGGCUCUCUAUGAUCACUGCAACAACACCUUCACUCCCUCUACCUCUCCCUCUCCUCAAGCUUCCCAGAGUAUCUGUUCUCUUCUGGACACACUUGGUCCAGCUGAUGUUGGGCUUAAAGAGGAACUUUCGGAUGAUGAUCUAGAACAUGGAAAUUUUGGAAUUAACCAACUAGACAGGGCAGAACGACGGGCACAACCAAUAACUUAUUUGGAAGUAUAUAAAUGUCAUAGUUCUACUAUGUGUAUAUUUUGCCUUCCUACUUCCGCAGUUUUUCCACUCCAUAACCAUCCUGAGAUGACUGUUUUUAGCAAAGUUCUCUAUGGCUCUGUGCAUGUGAAAGCUUAUGAUUGGGUUGAGCCUGCCCAAAUCCAGGAAACAAAAGGACCUAGUUCCUUUCCAGUAAGAUUGGCAAAGUUGUCGGCUGAUAAAGUUUUGACAGCACCAUGUGAGGCCACAGUUUUGUACCCAAAAAGUGGGGGUAAUUUGCAUUGUUUGACUGCAGUCACCCCUUGUGCUGUACUUGACAUCCUCUCACCUCCAUACAGAGAAGAACCAGGCAGAAAAUAUAGCUACUACCAUGACUACCCCUACUCUACCUUCUCAGGAAAUAGAGCUUUUAUAGAAACACCAGAUGGGAAAGAAGAGGACUAUGCAUGGCUUGCAGCGAUAGAAACACCAGAUGAUCUCAAUAUCUGCGAUGGAAAAUAUGCUGGCCCAGCCAUUGAGCUCUAGUUGUCUCAUCACUUUUGUUUAGAUAAUUCAAAAUUCUCAUUUGCGUUCAGUUCUAGCUUUGGACCAUAAAAAAUGUUAAUGCCUUGAUUCCUGCCAUAGUCUUACAAAAGAGGUACUAUAAAAUGCUGAUGCAGGGUGCUUUAUAGAUGAUCACCUACAGAACUUUAACAAAGUCAUUUCGAAAUCCAUCUCUAUUCUCCAAGUUAAUUGGCCAUUUUGGUUAUUAUUCAAGGAUUUCAAUCACGUCAAUAAUGAUUUGUUUAUUUUUGGUCUUCCUUUAUUAA